CUCUUCCUAUAUAACUCGGCCAUGUCGUCUCGAUCUCCCUGCAUGUAGGCCUGCCUUUUGCCAGGUCCAACCCCCCUCUGGAAAAUGUGGACCUUCAGGACCCCCGAGUCCAAACUGCUCUUCAAAAUCGACUUCUUCAUCCUCUCCUUCUGCUGCCUCACCUACUUUUUCAACUACCUCGACCGCUCCAACCUCUCCAAUGCCUACGUCUCCGGCAUGAAAGAGGAGCUCGCCUUCCACGGCAACCAGCUGAACCUCAUCAACACCAUUUUCACCGUAGGCUACAUCCUCGGCCAGGUCCCGUCCAACCUAGCCCUAACCUACUUCCGCCCGCGCAUCUUCUUCCCGUCCAUGAUCCUGCUCUGGGGCGGACUGACCAUGAUCACCGCCGCCGUGCAUAGCCCGCAGGGCAUCAUGGCCAUUCGCUUCUUCCUGGGUCUGGCGGAGGCCAGCACGUUCUCUGGCACGCAUUAUAUCCUAGGCUCGUGGUACACGGAGCGCGAGCUGGGGAAGCGCAGUGGCAUCUUCACGGCGUCGGGGCUAGCGGGGACCAUGUUUGGGGGGUUCAUUCAGACGGGCAUCCAUUCGUCGCUGGACGGUGCGAGGGGCUUGUCUGGUUGGCGGUGGUUGUUUAUUAUCGACGGCCUCAUCACCCUCCCCAUCGCCAUCUACGGCCUCUUCCUCUUCCCCGACACCCCCACCACCACCACCGCGCCCUACCUCAACCCCACCGAGCGCCACCUCGCCAUCACCCGCCUCCCGAGCACAAACAGCCACACCUCGCGCCUCAACCUGCCCUUCCUCAAAACCCUCUUCUCAACCUGGUACUGGUGGUUCUUCGUCAUCCUGUGGAUCAUCGCCGGCGAGACGGAAUCCUUCUCCUCGAACUCCCUCCUCGCCCUGUACAUGAAAUCCCACCCCACCAAAUCCUACUCCGUCUCGCAACUAAACACCUACCCGACGGGCGUCCCCGCCGUGGGGAUCCUGUCCACCCUGUUCUGGGCAACGCUCACGGACUAUCUAAACGGGAAACGGUACCUGGUGGGGUACUUCAUCGGGGUGACGGGCUGCGUGACGUCGGGGCUGAUACUGGCGCGGUUCAACGACACCGCGACGGUCUUCGGGGCGUAUUACUGGGCCGGCGCGGUGUAUGCGUGCCAGGCGACGUUCUUUGCGUGGUGUAAUGAUGCGAUGAGGGGGGUGGAUGCGCGACAGAGGAGUGUGGUCAUCGCGAGUAUGAAUAUGGGGAAUAAUGCGGUCAACGCGUGGUGGAGUAUUCUCUUCUAUGGGGCGGAGAUGGCGCCAAGGUUUACGAGGGGGAUGUGGGCGAUGAUAGGGUGUUCGGUGGCGUUGGUGGGGUGGACGGCGGGGAUUGUGUGGAUGAGUGGGAGGGAGGAGAGGAGGAGAGGGACGAGGAGGAUGAGGGGAAAGGCAGUUGGUUCAGGUAAAUCUCGCUGUCUUGGCUAA